AUGAAGGUUCAAUCUUUGUUACAGGCCGUGUUGUCACACGCUGCCUUGGUCCUGGCAGGAAGUCGUGCCUGGGAAGCAUCCAUCGCAGUCAAUAGAGCCAAUGCAAGCCAUGCCCUGUUCUCGCGGGACAGCACGCUGUCCAACAGCUACGGCAACGGCUCUGUCUCUUCAGGCCACACCGGAUACAUUGGCAAGCGCUGGAUUGGCAACCCAAACUCCCCGACUCAUGAUUUCCCAUACAAGCUGUGGGAAAAUGGCAACAUCGACGUCUGCUUCGAGGACAAGUCGCACACCCACAAAGGCACGUCAAAGACGACCGAGGCGAUUCUCAAAGACGACCUCACUGCAGCCCGAGAGCUCUGGCGCAAUGUCGGCCUCGACAACAAGGACAACCAUUUCGCCUUUGAGUUCAGGGACCGGGCGUGGUGCGACUCCCACCGCCGCAACGACUACCUCGAAAUCGCCUAUGCUGGCGAGGGCGUACGGAAAAUGGCAACAUCGCCUGGCCAGGUGAUUAAGACGAGCGACACGCCAACCGACGGCGAGGCUGGAUCGACCAGCAUUUUGUCGGAUCUGACCACGAUGGGCAUGAAAAACGUUGUCUCCAACUAUGCGCAUGAGAUGGGGCACGCCUGGGGUCUUUUCCACGAGCAUCAGAACCCAAUGUUCUGGUCCGGCGACUACUCGUCGUUCGAGCGCGACAAGUCCUUUUUCGGCAAAGACAACUGGAACUGCAAAAACCUGCUCGACUACGAAGCCGCGGUGGCGCGAGUCGACGCCAACGACAAAUUGCAAGACUAUGAGAAGCCUAAGCACAAGGAAUGGCUCUGCACUAAAAGGUCAAUUGCCUUGACGUACGACUUUAGUGGUCACGACUACCUCCCUAUUGAACACGCCAAGUGGGAGCAGGGUCGCAAAGAGCCUGAUUAUGAUUCCAUCAUGAUUUAUCCUAGCGAUUGCGGCGCAAAGCCAGGUACCAAGAUCUUGCUGCAAAAGCCAAGCGGCAAAGAUAUUGAUCCCGUCUACAAGCCCACAAAGAAUGAUGUCAAGGGACUCAAGACGCUCUACAGCAUGCCCACGUCCAAGACCAAGAAGUUUCUGGGAGCGAUUGGGAGUGCGGUAAAGGACACGUUUGACAAGGACAGGAAGAAGGAUUCCGACUCGACGUGCAAAUAG